AUGAACUUUUUCCAUUGGGGUGAAUUUGAUCCACAUUUAACAGUUAAUUCUUGGUUCGUAAGUCCUAAAACAUUAAAAAUUUUUCGCCUUGUGGUGACAAUUUAUUCUUGGAUUAUUGUAAUUGGAGAGCUGUUAGAUUAUGGAUUACGUCCUCAAGUCCUUACACAGUAUCAUUUUG